AUGAUGGGUUUUGUGGGGUUGAAGCUACUGUUUAUCGGGGUUGUGUUCUUGUUGUGUUUAUCUUCUUGUUACUCUCAGUUUAAUCCGGCGGAUAAGUAUUCGAUUGAUUGUGGAUCUCCGAGCAACACCACCAUCGGCAAUCGGGUCUUUUUAUCUGAUAGUUUGGCUUCGAGUUUUCUUUCAACCCCACAAAAUGUUUUGGUUGAUACUUCUGCAAAUUCAAUUCCUUCAUCUGAAUACUCUCCGCUGUAUAAAACAGCAAGAAUCUUUACACAAACAUCUACAUACACUUUUCGAAUCACUCAAAGCGGUCGUCACUGGAUCCGUCUCUAUUUCUUCCCAUUCUCCGCCAGUAAUUACAAUCUAACCACCGCAGUUUUCUCCGUUUCAACUCCAGAUCACUCUCUGUUGAGCGAUUUCAAAGCCGAAGGUGUUCAGACCAAAGAAUAUUCAGUAAAUGUCACCUCCGGCGACCUUGAAAUCACCUUUACACCUACCGGGAGUUCAUUUGCUUUCUUGAAUGGUUUAGAAGUUGUUUCGGUUCCAGAUCCGUUGAUCCCCGAUGAUGCAAUGUCCGUCAACCCUCCGACAAACUUCAAAGGGAUGUUGAAUAAGGCGCUGGAGACGCUUGCUAGGGUGAACAUGGGUGGUCCGGUGGUCACAUCCCGGAAUGAUUCAUUGUGGAGGUCUUGGGUUACUGAUCUGAGCUAUUCAAAGAACCGGAAUUUUGAAUCGAAUGCUUCAAAUCCCACCGCUGUUAGAUACCCAGCCGCCGGCGCUACUCAAGACGAUGCUCCGAUCAGCGUCUAUGGAACCGCCGCAACGAUGGCAUCUGAAAGCGACCCAAAAGCCAAUUUCAACGUCACCUGGGAGUUCCCGGUGGAUCGUGGAUUCCAGUAUCUCGUCCGCCUCCAUUUUUGCGAUAUCGUAAGUACUUCUGCCAAUACACUCUACUUCAACGUCUACAUCGACGACUCCAAUGUUCUACCCGAUUACGAUCUCUCCACCAAGUUCGGCGGAAACUUAGCCAUGGCGUCUUACUCCGAUUUCGUAACCCAAUCGCUUAACAAAAACCAAAUUCGCAUCAGCAUCGGCCCUUCCACCAUCAAAGACGUUUACCCUAACGCUAUACUGAACGGCGUCGAGAUUAUGAAGUUGAGUAAUUCCGACGGUAGUCUUUCCGGUGGAAACAUCCCGUCCUCCAAUUCUAGCUCUAAAAAGAACAUCGGUCUGAUCAUCGGUGUAGUCGUCGGAGUUCUUGUAGCACUUUUAGCAGCAAAUACUCCAAUGGAACAACCAUUAGUGCUGGCUCAAACUUCAAUUACAGGUGUCCAUUCGCAGCAAUUCAAGAAGCCACCAACAAUUUUGACGAAAGCUGGGUGA